AUGACAGGAAGUCCCAGGUCUAAGGUUCAUAAAUCUGAAGCCACCGGCCGCCCACAGGAGAAGGUCUAUGUGCCCAAAACCAACAUGUCUUCCACCCGCCAGGUAUGCCUCUGUGUUUGUUCAUAUUUAGUAAGAGUGAGAGAGAGAGCUACAGGGGGUGUCAGGGAGCAGAGAGAGGCCUGAAUGGAUGAAUGGACAGAUUGUACCUCUGUGUCUGAAUAGUAACAAUACUUUAUCGAUAUGUUUUGUGUAAUAUAUUAACAUGUGGACAAAAUAAUAUACCAUUAUGUCUAGGAGUGUUCAGUGGAAACACUAUGACUGGUUUAAACUGAUCUGAGUUGAGUGUAGUGAAGCCAGAGGGAGCAGGAUCACCCUGACAUGCAGGUUUGGUUAUCCCACCACAGGUUACUGAAACCUCCCCUGUGGUGUCAUGCAAAUAUUGUCUCUCUGAGAAAGUUGAUCAACAGAGGACGUACAGUGCAGUGCAUCAAUCAACUCAGAGAUGUAUUAGGAGGGGAUAGAUAGAGGGUAAGGUUGACAGUCUUACUUUAAUAGAGCCCUCUUUCUCUCUCUCUCAGUACUGUAUGUGCAGGUUGGACAUGCCUGUGAAGGAAGCACGCACACACAUGCACACCCUGCUAGUCAAACAGAGCGGGCUCUCUCAUGCUGUGUGAGUGUACAGAGUGAUGCCUGUUCUCCACUGGGGCAGGGCAGCCUGAUCCUUUGUGGACCCUCAUAACAGACCGACUCUCUCUCUCUUCUCUCUCUUUCUCUUCUUUCUCCCUCUUCUCUCUCUUCUUUCUCUCUCUCCUUUCUCUCUCUCCGUUCUCUCUCUCUCUUCUCUUCUUUCUCUCUUCUCUUCUCUCUCUCUUCUUUCUAUUCUCUCUCUCUCUGGCUGAAAGGGCCGUCUGUGUGAUGUCUGCUGGGAGAGAGGGUCACAGUCUGGGACACACACACGGCACACAUGCGUGAACGCAUUCGCACACAUACACACUCACAUACAAGGCCAUAUUUUCACUCACUGCCUUCACUCACGCACUCAACUCCUUCAUUUCAGGAUAGGAUCAUUUCUGUGGGAGAGGACGUGCACUGAUUUGGUGCUGUUUUUCAGUGUGUGUGUGAAACAUUCAUAUGAAAGGGAGUGUGUAAAGUACAGUGUCCUUUGCAUAUAUUAGACAGCCUGUUAUUCAGCUUUUUCUGUGAUGGCUGUGAUGAUAAUGUGCUUUGACGUGUGUGGUAUUUGUAUGUUUGUACCCGUUCCAGCCCUACCCCUGUGCAUGUGUUUAUAUGUAGGUGUGUUUCUGUCGUGCCACAGUCCUUUCUUCCCUCCCUCUGCAUGUCACUGUCAGUCAGUCCUCCCAGGUAUAGGCUUUGUGAUCAGGAACAAAUCAUAUUUAUCUCCAGCAGAUAUUUAGAUACAGUAUCAUUCAUGUCAUGUUGCUAUUCUGUUUUAUACAACGGGUGGUUCUAAUCCUGAAUGCUGAUUGGUUAAAACCGCAUUCCAGCCAGUGUCUAUUCCACAAGUUACCGCCGGCUAAAUCUAUGACGUUAAAAUGCCUAUUUACUCUGUUCCAUCUGACUGUGUAAUCCACUGUCUCAUCAGCCCAGCCAGGCAAUUUAUAAACUUGAUCUCCACUAUAAAAAGCAUCUAGACAUUAUCUCACAUUUCUUUUAGACUAACAUUUAGUUUUCAACAGCGGAGAUUUGCAACAUUGUUUCAAUAUUGAAAUUCGAUCUCCAGCUGUCCCAUAGUAAUGAACGUGUCGGGAGUCAGGACGAGACAGACAGGCAGACAGCUUUUCUCAGCCAGUCGAAAUCAUGAAUCAGCAUCAUUUUUAUGGAUAUAUACAAUGAACUAUCAAUAGAAAACAGGUCAAACGAAACAAAGUGCAGCUAUUUUGCUGUCUUUCCAGCUUCAGUUUGAAGUGAUUGUGUUAGCUGUGUUGUUGGUUAGCUCCUCUGAACAAGUGUCCUGACGAGAGAGCACAUUUUCUAUGCCAGGCAAAAUCGUGCAUCAUUAGGUCAUUGUUAUGGAUGUAUCCAAAUAAAUGUCUCUAGAAAACCGCUUAAAUGCAAAUGCAGCUACUUUGCUGCUAUUCUGGCUGCACUGUUUGACGUGACUGUAAGUUAGCCAUAGUUGGUUAGCUAGCAAGCAAGGGAUAAGAACAUUCCCAGCCAGGCAAUGGAACAUUUAGAACGAACGACUGGGUUGCGUUGCGUCCAUAGAUAGAGAACAAAAAUACUUAACGACGGGGUCAAGUCUCUGGCAACCGAACCGAUAGAACGAACGACCAGCCGGCUUGGGUAGCAACCUUAGAUCUUAUCCAGAGCGACUUACAGUUAGUGAGUGCAUACAUUUUCAUACUAUAUCUUGUGGAAGGUUGAAAUAGUAUGAAUAAAUUAAUCAAAAUACAGUUUUUAAUGAAAAUAUGUGAAUCAUUAUUUGAAUAUAUGUUGGUAACCCAUUGUAUAAAAGUGAUAUUGGCACAGUUUGCCAAUGUAUAACAACACCCAUGCCAAUAUAUCCUCCAAACACCGGCUUCUCUGGUAUUAUCACUUAAAUAAGCUGUACUGGACAUUCUGGUUCUUCAGACAAAAGGAAAUAUUUGGAAAACUCAAACAAUGACACCUCAUUUUUCAGCGGUAUUCUCCUUCCUGGUUAUGGUGUUGUGUUGCGUGCCUCUUCCUCACACUUCAUAAAUCCUUAUUGAAGAGAAACCAUCCUUGGUACUGGAAGGUACCUGUACCCUACUCAACUUCCUGUCAUGUAACCAUGGCAAUGGCUGCUCUUUAACCAUGUCUGCUUUGGAAAUGGCACCCUUUUUUCCUUUUUAUAGUGCACUACUUUUGACCAGAGUGUCUCCAACCCUUCCACUGUGAAGUCUUCCUCCAUACUCCAUUUAGCUUUUCUUCUGUUCUGAAGCCAGACAUUCAUAGUUACUGUAAUGUUGUAAUUAGUGUGUGUGAGAGGGGUCAUUACUCUUAACCCACAGCAGCAAGCUUAGCUUCCACGCUCUACAGCGCAGCUACAUUUACACUCACCCUUUCUUUCUUUCCCUCGCUUGAGGCCCUGGUUAGCUGUUAACUGGUACCAUCUGUGUGUGUCUCUCUCGCUCUCUCUUCUCUCUGCUCUCUUCUCUCUCUGGUGUGGUGUACUGGGUGUUGGCUAUGUUUCUCUUUAGAGUAGGUCAUGGUGUCCCAGCCCUAAAAGGGGAGAGUUUGGCUUAGUAAUCAAGAGUUCUACAACAUGAUCCAGUGACUCUCUACUCAUAUUUCCCUGCUCUCUGUGUCGUCUUACCACUGAUAUCUGUGUAGCCCUACAUUCCCUGAAGAAUUUAGAACAAGCUGUUUAGGAUAGAAGCAGACAUUUGUCAGGGCUCUGUAGUUUGUGUUUUAAUAGUCGUUUUUUCACUUGGAGCCCAUUUCCUGGGCUGUUCACAAGUGUUAACUCCAUGUCCUCUGUCCCUUUCAUCUCUCUCACCUGCUCCCUUUUUAACCCUAUAACCAACUCCUUCCUCUAUCUCUCCUCCUCUAUACCCACUUUUCCUCCUCUCUUCCCUCAGAGGCAGGGUGGGGGAAGGGACAGUCAGGGUGAGCAUGCCUGCUCCUGCCCCAUAGUCUAAAGACAAAGCUCCUUCACCUCUGAACCUUCUCUCUCCCUGCAUUUUUACAUUGACAUCAUUUUCCAAUUAGACAAUGUUAUCCAGAGAGACAUGUAUUGAGUGCUUUCAAAACCUAACCUAAUAAGUGCACGAUUAAACAAGUUGUUUACCUCAGCAAGCUUGUAAGCCUUUCACUGCAAGCCCGUGCUGAAGGGGACUGUGACUCAAUUUAACCAAACCCACUACACUCACACAGAGAGAACGCUUGAUCAACAGUUGAAGGAUGUCAUUGGGGCAGAGUGACUGCAUACCCGGUCACUGUGUCAGAGCAGGCCUGGAAAAAGUGAAAUGUCACUGAAGCGGGGUGUGUGAGUUCUGGACUCGAUUUAAGCUGCCUUGGUAGGAAACCAUGGGAGACAGGAAGAGAAAGAGUGGGAAAUAGAAAACGAGAGACUAGUCAUCUUCCAGCCUCUUGUCUCUCUGUCUCUGUCUCUGUCUCUGUCUCUCCCUUCUUCCCUCCCUCUUUUCAUCUCGGAUCUUGACUGUCAGUCGUGUGUGUGUGUGUCUGAUAACACAGUGAGUCACUGUCUGAACUCUGACCCCGAGGAUGUUCAACUCAUGAGCUCAAUGUUCAGUCAUUUAGAUUAUCUCAAGUUCCACAACAACAAAUUCUAUUUUGACUACUUUCAUCUACUUGUUUUGCUACUUUGUAGUCUUCUUUUUCAGAUCCAACUGCCCUCCCCAACCACAUAGGAUUCACACUUUCCCAUAAAUUGAACUGCUUUUCAAAAGUAGUCAAAAGUAGUGCACUAGAUGGGCAAUAGGGUGUCAAUCACAGGAGGCGGUGAGGGGGGGGACGGCUCAUACUAAUUGAUGGAAUGGAGUGAAUGGAAUGGUAUCAAACACAUGGAAGCCACGCGUUUGAUGUGUUUGGAUGCCAUUCCAUAGAUUCCGUUCCAGCAUUUCAAUUAAGGUGCCACCAGCCACCUGUGGUGUGAAUGUACCCUUUAGUAAUGUAAUUUAGCCAUGUCCUUUGUCAUGCAGUAGUUUCCCCUUCUCAGUUCACACGACUGCUUCUAGUGAUUAUCUUCUGAAACACACAGUGUGUAGAGAGUGAACACAUCACACUGGUUAAACAUCACACACACUGGUAGUAGUAUCCUGGAAUUACAGACAAACCCCUCCCCCUCUCCUCCACCUAAUCCUAUCCAAUCAGCGGGUCUCAUCGGUCAUUCUGACCCUUCACCCUGCCCAGAGGGGAUAACUGGGUCACAUAGCAGUCGUGUUUAGUUGAAACGAAUGGUCACAAACUUUUGAAAUGUGAAGAAUACUGCAAAAAAUACUGCAAAAAAAAAAAGAAUCUCUCCCGAUCCUGUUUCCAUGGAGCCUGAACAUGGGAUUGGAUCGUAGCAUUGCAUUGGUCCAAAGGAUAGGAACACAACCCUGACUUCAGUUGGUUCCUCCAGUCUGAAACCCCACCAAACCCCCGGUCUGAGCCCUGUUUCUGGGCCUCUGUCCUGCCGUCAGCCCGUGAUAACCCCCAGAUACAGCUGGAGCUCCAGGCCUGGAGUGUGUUCAUCCCUGCUGGGAAUAACGCCAAUAUCAGCCAACUACAACAGUCAGAACAGGGCCUCAGUCUUUAUCAUUGUUGUUUUGAGUUGAUCAUCUGUUGAAGACACUCUGUCCUUCCUGCUAUCUGAGCCAUCAGUCUUAGGGGUUAGAGUUAGCGGGGACGUGCUGGCUAUGAUGCAAUGACUAAUGCUACAUGACUAGGUUGCACAUGGAAGGCAUCCAAAGCAAAUGCACAUGUGCCGUGUGUCUCUGUGUGUGUGUGUGUGUGUGUGUGUGUCAUUAUCAGUGAGUCAGUACACAAGGAAGAGUCCAGGGCAAGGUACAGCCUCAUGCACACACACAGGAGGGAGAUGACCCUUGGGCCCAUGUGGGCAGUGUUUGUGUGUGGGUUGUGUGUGUGUGAGAGUCAUUUCUUCCUCUAUCGGUGCACAUCUGGUUUAUGUUUUUCGGGGGAAGGUAUUGCAUCAUCAAUUCCGCCUCUUCCCUUCCCCCAUGCUUGACUGACUUCCUCUCUUUGCCUAAACACACACAAACACACACACUUAUGCCCUGAGGGGUCAGAAAUUACAGACCACCACAGAAAUUAUUUCGAACUUUUCUCAUCCCUCUCGACUUCAACAGUAGCCCUGUAGGCCCUACUCUGUCCAAUGUGUGUGUGUGUGUGUGUGUGUGUGUGUGUGUCUCUGCAGAAACCAUUCGUCUACCAGCUGGAGAAGGAUUCAGAGAGUCAGGUUACAGCCACUCACCCAAACACCCCUAACAACACCUCUCUCCCAUUACCUCACCCUUCCCUCACCCCCUCCCCAGAUCCCCAACCCCAGCUUCCUCUGUGCCAGGCCUGAGACAAAGAGGCAUUCUCUCCCAUCAGGAGCAUCAGGAGCACCUCUGGACCAGAGGGAGCCCAGCCCAGCCCAACCCAAUGACCCACAUCCCCCUGCACUACUAGGCCUCACACACCACCACAACCCCACUGCCCCAGCCCCCUCCUCCCUUUUAUGUCCCAGAAUAGCCAAGGUAAUGACAGAGAGAGAGAGAGGGUUGUGGUUCAGUAGGCCUCUACAGAGUCUAACCUCUCCCUAGAGACCUCCAACACCAUAGAAGACUGACAGAGCUCCAUUCCUCUCCUCCCUUCUCCUCCUCUUCUUCCUCCUCCUCUUCUGAAGCUAGUCAACACCCAACAGUUUACUCACCAUAAUCAUCAUCAUCAUCAUCACACCAAACCAUAACUGUCACACAACACAUGAUGACACGGGACAAACAUGAUGGAUAGUGGUGUGUCUGUCGGUGGUUGUCCUGGUUAGGGUCCAGAGUUUCCUGUGUGACAAUCGCUGGGGACGGCUGUUCUAUUGCUAGGAGACGUGAGCGUCAGUGAUAGGAUUGUAAAUAGUUGUCUGUUGGUUAGUGAUUUGGUGUGACGUAGCCAGCAGUCCUUUCUCCUUUAUCCUCACCCUCUCUUACCUCACCUCUCUUCUAUAACCUUCGCCCCUCACCUCACCCUCUCAUUACAAACUUUAUUACGCCCCCCCUCUCCCCUCCUCUCUCUCCCCUUCUCCCCCUCUCCCCUCCCCCUCCCUCUCUUCCCCUCUCCGUCUCCUCUCUCUACCCCCACUCCCCCCUGCGUCUCCCCCUCUCUCUUCCUCCUCUCUCUCCCCCCUCCUCUCUCUCCCCUCUCCCCUCUCCUCUCCCCUCUCUCCCCUCCCCUCCUCCCCCUCUCCCCCUACUCCCUCCCUCUCUCCUCCCCUCUCCCUCCCUCUCCCUCCUCUCUCACCCCUCUCCCCUCCUCUCUCUCCCCCUCUCCCCUCCUUCUCUUCCCCUCCUCCCUCUCUCUACUCCUCUCUCUCCUCUCUCUUCCCCUCUCCCCUACUCUCUCUCUCCCUUCUCUUCCCCCUCUCUUCCCCUUCCUUCUCUAACCACCACUCUGCCAAUCAUGGCCUCUUUACCACUUAACGCCAGCCAUGUGUUCAACUACUGCUAACACACUCCUCUACACCACCACUCCUCUACCCACUACCCAAACACCACAGAUCGAACACACACUUAACACUGAACCAGGCCUAUUAGGUUUAGUAAGGUAUGCCUGAAAUCUAUUCCUACCAAAACCACACAGAACUCCUAGACAAGGAAACAACAGUAGUUUGUAUGUGUAUAUUGGUUGUUUGUACCUAAAUAAUGUGUACAGGACUGAGGUGGCUUAGAGUAUAUACUGUAGAGCCAUAUAGGAAACCUACUAGAGUAUAACUGGGUAUAUAACUGGAUAUUUAGCAUGUAGAGUUGGUUAAAGAGGUCCCUCUGACUCUGCUGUAGUAGGCCCUCUGGACAGACUAGCAUUUCUAUUGAGUUCCCUUCUAGCUGGACAAAAUGUCAGUAGCGGAAAAAGAGUGGAAAGAACAUUCCAAUGGCGAGUGGUCAGUUUUGUCUCAUUCCCUCAGCCUCCCUUUUCCUUUCUCCCUCACUCCCUCACUCUCUGUCUCUCUGUCUUGGCCUGAAUCAGACUGUAAUUGAACCCACAUGCCUGGCUUCCUGCCAUCUCUACCCUUCUCUCCUUGCGCUCCCUCUCUCCUUGUGCUCUUUCUUUCUUUCUUUCUUUCUUUCUUUCUUUCUCUCUUUCUCCGUCUCCCUCUCCUUCUUCCUUUCACAUUCUCCAGGGUGCACUCCGGGGUGUUCUCUUUCCUUUUCCUAUUUGUCAUUCCACCCUUUUCCUCUGAAUGUUGCUCUCUGUUUUUCAACUAAAUUAUAUCCAUGAAGUGUUUUCUCUGCCCACUCUCUGAGAUGCUAUCAAUACACGUUCUCCAGAUGCUUCCUAUCCCCUGCUCUAGCAGUUUAGAGACUCCUAUUGGCUCAGGUCUGUGAGUUCUGCCCGGAGACAGAACUCUAGUCUAGAGCAGGUGAAGGUUAUUAGUUAUGCAUGUACUUCCAUUGAACUGAACUUGGGGUGGAAUCAGGACAAUAAUGUAACUGUUUGGCUGACUCAGUGGUUUCCAUCACACUGCAAUACAACCAGAACGGUUAAUGCUUCUUAGCAUGACUGUGAAAUCUGUAGGCCUAUUCGUUUUAAUAACAUGCGUACAUGUCUGGUGUUCUUCUUAUUAGUUUUAAACAUUAAGUUAAAUACUACUGUUUUCCAUUUAAGCAGCAGUGGAAGUUGUUGAGGUUGCCUUUAUUUUGUGUGAGUAAAAAGGCCUUUGUUUCAUAAGGAGGUUGUUGUCUCUGUGGGUCUUUGUUAAUGAGCAAUACAUUGAAACAUCACUCCCUCCCGCCUCCCCUUUCCUCAGCUCUACAGUAACACUGUUCCCUACUGUACUGCAUCACCUCACUCUCUGACACGCGCACACACACACACACACACACACACACUGUCGCCAUAUGUCUAUGGAGAUAGACAGUAGUGGGGGUAUAGGAUAGGAGGAUGUGGAGAUAUACAGUGCAUUCGGGAAGUAUUCAGACACCUUACAGCCUUAUUCUAAAAUUGAUUCACAGAAGACAAGAUGAACUGCUGUUGAUGCUAGCUGGCAAGCUGUUUCAAUGUAGCUAUUAGCUACAAAGAAUAUUGCCUAGUCAGACCAUUAUUACUGUUCCAGCUGGCUGAUAGGCGUUAUUAGGUAGGUCAUGUUAAAGAGAGUGGUAUAGAAGUGCAGUACCUGAAAAGCAGGAGGAGGUAUAGAGGUAGAUAGUUCAACAGUAGUAUACACACAUCUGAUAAUGACUUUGAAUUGCAGGGUGCAAUACCGUCACACACAUUGAAGGCUCCCUCAGUUUAUUGAGUGCAGUUCUUUGACCCAAAGGUCCUCAUGAUGACAUAGAGGUAGGGAAUCUAAAAAGCAGAAGGCAGAGAUAGGAAAGGAAAUUGGAGCACCUGAACAGCUGAGGUUGAGAGGCCUGUCAUAACCUGUCCCAAGCAGUGAUGAGAGAUGAGAGUUUUCAGGUCACAUCAAGAAAGGAAGAUGGGAAGGAAUGUGCAUGGAGGAGUGUUCUGAGGGUAGGAAGGGGGGAUGGAAGGAAGAAAGAAAGGAGAAGUGGAGAAGAUGGUUGUCAGUCUUGGCCUUUACUCAAAACGUCUCACCACAUUGAGAGAUGGGAGGAUGAGAUACGGCCGCUCUGAUUGGUGGGAGCGAUAUCAGCCUUCUAUUGUCACUGGAGGAGAGGGGAUUUUACAGCUCUAUGAUUGGCUGUUUUUUGCUGGCCUUGGGGGCUUUUCCUCAAAGGCAAGUGCUGAUAGCCAUUAAAGAGCUUUAUAGGCAAUAAUUACAGACUAGCUACAGAUACAGGUAUUUUGUAUAAUAAUAAUGACUAGAGAUCCUGGUUCGAAUCCAUGCUCUGUCGUAGCCGGCCGCGACCGGGAGACCCAUGGGGCGGCGCACAAUUGGCCCAGCGUCGUCCAGGGUAGGGGAGGGAAUGGCCGGCAGGGAUGUAGCUCAGUUGGUAGAGCAUGGCGUUUGCAACGCCAGGGUUGUGGGUUCGAUUCCCACGGGGGGCCAGUAUGAAAAAUAAAUAAAAUAAUAUUAAUAAAUAAUGUAUGCACUCACUAACUGUAAGUCGCUCUGGAUAAGAGCGUCUGCUAAAUGACUAAAAUGUAAAUGUAUAUGGUGUAAUAACUAGACGGUGUGACGACUAGAUGGUAUCAUGUCUGUGUCUGUCUGUGCUCUUACCCUCAAGUCUGUGUUUCGCAUGUCUUUUGUCAGUCUAUCAUUAACAUCCAUAUCUCUCUCCCCUCCUCCCCCCUCUCACCCUCUUACAGCACUUCACAGACCUCCUGGAUGACUUUUCCCAGGAUGCUUUGCUGGGCCAGCUGCUGAGCGACCCCUUCCUGUCCGGCCGGGAAGGAGAGGCCAUGGAUGAGGGGGAGGAUUUUACCCCGUCCUCUCCGCUGCCACCCCACAUCCAGGCGGAGCACUCCUACUCCCUGUGUGGGGACUCCCGGCCCCAGUCGCCCCUCUCACAUCUGCCUGGGGAGCAGGGGAGUGAUGCAGGUGAGCGGGGGAGAGAAACGAGGAGAGGGGGAGGACAGAGUGAGGAAAGAGGGGAGGGUUUUGGGCCUCAGUGACAGUUGUAGAUAACAUGCCGUAUUGUAAUGUGUAGGCUAUCUAUGGUAUCAAUAACAAAAGAGGGUGGCAAUACAGAGAUAUGUGGAGAUAUGUACAUUCAGUGCCGCACAAUACACAAACAGUACAUGCAGUAUCUAAGUGACAGUGUUGAUGCUGAUGUGUCGUGUCUCUUUCUCUCUAUCAGAGUCAGACGGUGAGGAUUGGCCCGUGGAGCAGGAGGAACAGAUGGAGGUGCUGCUGUGUGACCCUCCAGCCUUGCUGCCCACCCUAACCCUCUCCCUAGCACCCGAGGGCCACAUCACUGAGGCCCCCGACCCACCCGACCCUAGCCCCAAGCCCAACCCACAGACGGCCACACAGGGCAAGGCCAGCAAGGUAAGGAGACGUCUAGAAUCACAGCACAUGCAGACAGGCCCACAUGCACUCACAAAUAGUGCGGCAGGUAGCUUAGUGGUUAAGAGCGUUGUGCCAGUAACCGAAAGGUCGCUGGUUCUAAUCCCCGAGCCGACUAGGUGAAACAUCUGUCGAUGUGCCCUUGAGCAAGGCACUUAACCCUAAUUGCUCCUGUAAGUCGCUCUGGAUAAGAGCGUCUGCUAAACGACUAAAAUGUAAAUGUAAAAUACACACACAAAUGUAUGCACACGUGUAACGGCUAUUUCUGCUGUCUGAUUGUCUAGGUGAAAGAGGUUGGUGAGAUCCAGAUCAAACUGGAGCCUCAUGAGGUGGACCAGUUCCUCAACUUGUCUCCUGAAGGUGAGACCUGACACACACCAUAUCGUACUGUCACACUACUCAUAACCUCUCUGUAUGUAGUCCUGGGUCAAAUACACGUGUCAAAUACUGUGCUAACUCUUUCCACCUCAUUAAAUAAUAUAAUAAAUGCCAUUUAGCAGACGCUUUUAUCCAUACGUGCAUACAUUUUGAAGAUACAUUUUGAAGAUAAAUCAAGCACACUUUAAGUAUUUGACAAUGUAUAGGUAUGUACAAAAUAUUAUAAAAAAUACAAAUGCAACAUGUAAAGUGUUGGUCCCAUGUUUCAUGAGCUGAAAUUAAAGAUCCCAGAAAUGUUCCAUACGCACAAAAAUGUUGUGCACAAAUUUGUUUAAAUCCCUGUUAGUGAGCAGUUCUCCUUUGCCAAGAUAAUCCAUCCACCUGACAGGUGUGGCAUAUCAAGAAGCUGAUUAAACAGCAUGAUCAUUACACAGGUGCACCUUGUGCUGGGGACAAUAAAAAGCCACUCUAAAUGUGCAGUUUUGUCACACAACACAGAUGACUCAAGUUUUGAAGGAGCGUGCAAUUGUCAUGCUGACUACAGGAAUUUCCACCAGAGCUGUUGCCAGAGAACUGAAUGUUCAUUUCUCUACCAAAAGAUGCCUCCAACGUUGUUUUAGAGAAUUUGGCAGUACAUCCAACCGGCCUCACAACUGCAGACCAAUGUGUAUGGCAUUGUGUGGGCGAGCGGUUUGCUGAUGUCAACGUUGUGAACAGAGUGCCCCAUGGUGGCGGUGGGGUUGUGGUAUGUGCAGGCAUAAGCUACGGACAAUGAACACAAUUGCAUUUUAUUGAUGGCAGUUUUAAUGGACCGUGAUGAGAUCCUGAGGCCCAUUGUCGUGCCAUUCAUCCACCGCCAUCACCUCAUGUUUCAACAUGAUAAUGCACAAGGAUCUGUACACAAUUCCUGGAAGCUGAAAAUGUCCCAGUUCUUCCAUUGCCUGCAUAUUCACCAGACAGUCACCUAUUGAGUGUGUUUGGGAUGCUCUGGAUCGCCGUGUACGACAGCAUGUUCCAGUUCCAGCCAAUAUCCAGCAACUUCACACAGCCAUUGAAGAGGAGUGGGACAACAUUCCACAGGCCACAAUCAACAGGCUGAUCAACUCUAUGCGAAGGAGAUGUGUCGCGCUGCAUGAGGCAAAUGGUGGUCACACCAGAUACUGACUGGUUUUCUGAUCCACGCCCCUACUUAAAAAUAAAAAAAAGUUAUCUGUGACCAAUAGAUGCAUAUCUGUAUUCCCAGUCAUGUGAAAUCCAGAGAUUAGGGGCUAAUUAAUUUAUUUCAAUUUGACUGAUUUCCUUAUAUGAACUGUAACUCAGUAAAAUCUUUGAAGUUGUUGCAUGUUGCAUUUAUAUUUUUGUUCAGUAUAGUUACUAUGCAGGCAGAUCAGUGUUGUGCUGCUCUGAGGACCCGUUCUGGCCACUGAUGGAUGAUGAUGACAUUAAGUACAAUCCAAUGUGUAAGGUCUGUAAAUGUUAGUGUUGAUGAUCUCUAGAGAUGUUUGUAAGUGUGUAACCUGUGUGUGUGUUUCCCCUCACCAGGUCUGGAGUCUCUGCAGAUGCCCCCCACCCCUCCCUCCUCCCACAGCAGUGACUCAGAUGGCAGUCAGAGCCCGGUACAUGCCAGCACCCCCCAGAGCCCCUCCACCCCCUCCUCUCCCCUUAGCCCUUCGCCCUCUCAGGCUGGCCUCAAGGUGUCUCUGCGCACACCCUCCUCCCUCUCCAACUCCCCUCUUCUCACCGCCCCACACGUAAGUACAACACAGACUGGGACCAGGGAUUCACUGAAAAGAUACAGGGACCCUAUUGGCAUAAUAUGAAUCAUUCCUACCUUCCUUCAGGUAAUUACUGAUCUGAGAGAGAUUGGAUAAGUUAAUGCAAGGUUAUUACCCUAUUGUGUUCACCAAUCCAACCUGGUCAGAUCAGUGACAACCUCAAGAAACGGAAGGAAUGAGCAAUGGAACUAUUCAGAUAACAGAUACAGGGAAGUCACUGAAAUAAGAUACAGUAUGUCAGUUUAUCAGAUGGGCUCUUAUGACACCUCCUCUCUCCUCUUCCCCCCUCCUCCUCCUCCCCCUGUAGAAGCUGCAGGGCUCUGGCCCUCUCCUGCUGACAGAGGAAGAGAGGAGAACCCUGGUUGCCGAGGGUUAUCCUGUUCCCACCAAGCUGCCCCUGUCCAAGGCGGAGGAGAAAGCCCUGAAGAAGAUACGUAGGAAGAUAAAGAACAAGGUGGGAAGAAUUCCAUAUGUGUUAUUUAAUAGUUUUGAUGUCUUCACUAUUAUUCUACAAUGUAGAACAUAGUCAAAAUAAAGAAAAACCCUUGAAUGAGUAGGUGUGUCCGAAGGUUUGGACACACUACCAGUCAAAAGUUUGGAUACACCUACUCAUUCAAGGGUUUUUCUUUAUUUUUACUAUUUUUUUACAUUGUAGAAUAGUAGUGAAGACACCAAAACUAUUACAUAACACAUAUGGAAUCAUGUAGUAACCAAAAAAGUGUUAAACAAAUAAAAAUAUAUUUUAUAUUUGAGAUUCUUCAAAUAGCCACCCUUUGCCUUGAUGACAGCUUUACAUGGUGGUGGCAGCAUCAUGCUGUGGGGAUGUUUUUCAUCGGCAGGGACUGGGAAACUGGUCAGAAUUGAAAGAAUGAUGGAUGGCGCUAAAUACAGGGAAAUUCUUGAGGGAAACCUGUUUCAGUCAUCCAGAGAUUUGAGACUGGGACGGAGGUUCACCUUCCAGCAGGACAAUGACUCUAAGCAUACUGCUAAAGAAACGCUUGAGUGGUUUAAGGGGAAACAUUUAAAUGUAUUGGAAUGGCCAAGUCAAAGCCCAGACCUCAAUCCAAUUGAGAAUCUGUGGUAUGACUUAAAGAUUGCUGUACACCAGCGGAACCCAUCCAACUUGAAGGAGCUGGAGCAGUUUUGCCUUGAAUAAUGGGCAAAAUCCCAGUGGCUAGAUGUGCCAAGCUUACAGAGACAUACCCCAAUUGACUUGCAGCUGUAAUUGCUGCAAGAGGUGGCUCUACAAAGUAUUGACUUUGGGGGGGGGUGAAUAGUUAUGCACGCUCAAGUUUUUUGUUUUUUUGUCUUAUUUCUUGUUUGAUUCACAAUCAAAAAUAUUUUGCAUCUUCAAAGUGGUAGGCAUGUUGUAUAAAUCUAAUGAUACAAACCCCCCAAAAUAGCAAUUUUAAUUCCUGGUUGUAAGGCAACAAAAUAGGAAAAAUGCCAAGGGAGGUGAAUACUUUCGCAAGCCACUGUGUAUAUAUAUAUAUAUAUAUAUAUCGCUUUCUAUUUCCUCCUGUGCCAGAAAUGUAAUAACACACUUCAAAUUGAUACAUUGAUGUCACUGUACUCACUUCCGUGAGCCAUAGCUUGGCGUAAUUUCGACAUCCUUUCUUUCAGAUCUCUGCUCAAGAGAGCCGCAGAAAGAAGAAAGAGUACAUGGACGCCCUGGAGAAGAAGUGAGUCUUUCAUGAUGUGCUCAUUCAAUUAGAAAUCAAAUGGAUUUUUCUAUUUCUUUGGUAAUUAAUUAGCCGCAUUAUCAAUGAUAUAGAUAAUGACUUUAUUAUGACAAUGACAAUUCAUCCACAAAUCUCAAAGUGCUUUUACAGGCAUACAGUAGUAACUGCUGUCAAAGCAUUGUCUCCCCUACUUAUUACGCCUACCCGUCACUGACCUUGUAAUUCCCCUCUUUGUCCACAGGGUGGAGAACUGCUCCAAUGAGAACAGCGAGCUGCGCAGGAAAGUGGAGAAUCUGGAGUGUACCAACAAGUAAGAGACAUACAUUACAUAGUGCUCUGGGGGACGUUUUGUGCUUCAUCCUUUCCUACAUUAUUAAUCCAACCUUGUAAAAUUAGCACACAGUUCACUGAGUCGAACGGAUCGUUAAGGUUUUUUUUUUUUUAUGUGUGUGUGCACGAAUGCACACACUGUUACAUUGUCUGUGAAGUCAUAUGUUAGCCCAGUGAAGUGUGUGUGUGUGUGUGUGAAUGAGUGCGUGUGUUUUGUCUUCAGCAGGGUGUGUGUGUUUGUGAGUGAGUCUAUGACUAAGCUCUGACCCCAUCUUUACCUUCUUCUCCCUCUCCCCUCGUCCCCUCGUCCCCUCUUCCUAGGACUCUAAUACAACAGCUGCUCUCUCUGCAGGCAGUGGUGGCAGGGAAGGUUCCCCGCUCCUGCAAAGUCACUGGCACCCAGACCUCCUCCUGCCUCAUGGUGAGACUCCCCAACACAACGCUCAGCCCUGUGUGUGUUUGUGCUUGCGUGUGCGUUGUGUGUGUGUGUGUGUGCGCGAGCAUUUUUGUUUCAUAUUGAUUGGAUACCCUUUUGUUUUUCAUUUUAUAUAACUCCCGCAUGCUCUGUGUGUCAGCUGUUGUGGGCUAUCUUGUCCUUUUCAUGUAAAUGCUUGACUGUGGCGCCUAAUGACAUAUAUUAGGUGUGUGUGUGUGUGUGUGUGUCUAGGUGGUGGUGCUGUGUUUCGCUGUGUUCCUAGGGAGUUUCUACCCCAGCCUGGGUCCCUGCUCCUCCAUCACAGAGACUGGCCUCUCCAGAGACAUGGCCAUGCAGGAGUCUUACACUGCUACAGGUGCUGUGUACACACACACGCACGCACACACACACAGUCAUACAUUGCACAUUCAUGUUUCACGGAUUAAUGCUGAUAUUUUUGACGUGUGUGUGUGUGAGGCAUUAGCUCUGAAUCUCUGAGUGCUGAGGGACUAGCAGUGUUCUGUAAUCCUACCAGUCAUACACACACACACACACACACACCUUUGGAGUGUUUUGGCCUGGCCUCCUGGAAGAGUGUACACUUGAAUUUCAUUAUUUCCCAUUCAGAGGGACUAUCAUUAGUAUGAUUAAACAGCAAUGCAGCCAUUUUAUGAUGAUUGAUCUUUGCUCCCCCUACCGCUCUUCUCCCUCCCACACACAGCCUGUUUGCCACAGAGCCCAGUAUUAGUGUUGCUGGCAGUCCGCCCUAGAACAAUCUGAAUGUAGUAUGUGUACAGAGCAAGGUUUACUGUUGGUAGGGUUAGUUUUAUGUUUAAUCCAUUUCAUAAGACUUCAUUUGUAAAUCUUGUUAAGAGGGUUACAGGGUUGUAGGAUUGCAUUAGUAGGAGACUUGAUCAUAUCAAAGGAUUAUACCGUCCCUAAAAACCAAAAGACAUUUCAACAAAGAAAGAUGUAAAAGAUUAAGAUGGUACUCAAUGACAUGCCUUUCUCCUUCGUGGACAUGAUGUGAUCAGAUAGGUGAUGUUUUUUACCCGUGAUCCUUCACAGUGAAGUCCAGGAGCCUGCUGUCCUAUGAGGAGAGAGGGCUGGAUGAGCCACACCUUCUGGGUCUGGGUGGGGACUAUCCUGACCAAUUGGAGAGGCCCACAGUUGUCAUGGCAGUGUGGCGCUCUGAGAAAAAGCAGCAGAAAGGAGAGGAGUCACACAGUGCUGAGACACGCCCACCUUUCAGCAACAGCAGUGAUACGAAUACACAGAAACCCCUGCUAUUAGACCUGCACAGGUAACAGACACACACACGUACUCACGCACACACACACACUUAUGGCAGGCGAUGAUAUCAGAGACUGUUUGAGACAGAAAAACUGUUUUUGACAGGAUUUGGGGUAUUGAUGUCAGUAAAAGUUUAGUACUGUAGUUUCUUAUUUGUUAGUCUCUCUUCUGUCCCAGGUCUCUGGAGCAGAGGGGGAACGACAGCAGUAAAAUCAUAGAGCUGGAGAGGACAGUCAAUGAGACAUCAUAGGGUCUACCUCUGACCCCUCACCCCUGACCUUUGACCUUCCCUCUGCAGGAGCAGGAGACGGAGGCUCUCUGUAUUUAUAGAAUCUUUUUGGAUAUCUUUAUUAUUUUAUCGUAUGUAGUUGUUCUUUUAUAUUGUGUUUUUAUUCCAUUCCAAUAGUACACCACCUUUUGAUAUAUUUUUGUGUUCAUACUUUGUUUUUAUUUAGCCUUUAUUUGUUUUACUUCUUUAUAUAUGUUAUGACAUGCUUUGCUUUAGGCAUUAUGCUCUGUUAUAUUUGAGUGAGUGGUAUUUUUUUCCAGUAUUUCUAUGGUGAUAUUCCCCUUCAUGUGAUGGUGGUGCUAUGAGAGUGGGCCCUGUAGCUCUUUGAAUACCCUGCUGAUGUCUUCACAGUAAUAAUAUCAAAUGCUCUUUUCUUUCCAUAUUGGUUUCC